AUGCUUUCUUAUAAAGAGACGCUGUUUGCUGGGCUAAGAUCCACUAUCAUUGAAAAACUAAACUUUGCAGGCCAGUACUCUGAUUUCGCUUGCAAUUUCUCCUUUGUAGUUCAGUUGGCCAUGACAACAUCUGCAAUGUCUGACGUUGUAUUACUUGCACCAAUUAGAAAUCCAAGCAAUAAUGAUGCUGAUUACAAGGCUCUUUUCUCUGUCAACCACUUGCAAGUCAUCAGCACUUUGAAUUUUGGUGCUGUGGGAAUCCAACAGCAGACCAGAAACAAUCAUCCACUUUGGGUUAAUGUACAAGAGCUUGGAAGUGGUAACCAAUGGCCCGAUGUAUCUUCAAUUACCUGUCUCAGCUGUUCUCAGGGAUAA